AUGGAAGAACCACAAUCAAAACGAGCACGUCUUGAAUCACCACCCAAGAGUAAUGGCAACAAGAAAGAUAAGGAGACGACUGAUCUAUACUUGGAAACUAUUGAUCGACACAUGCUUGAUUUUGAUUUUGAAAAGGUUUGCUCUGUCUCCCUUUCUCAUCUUAAUGUUUAUGCUUGCUUGACGUGUGGUAAAUACUAUCAAGGAAGAGGAAAGGCUUCACACGCCUACUUUCAUAGUAUUGAUAAAGACCAUCAUGUGUUUAUCAAUCUAACUACGCUCAAGGUCUAUGUUUUGCCCGAUGGCUAUGAAGUAGAUGAUCCUUCAUUAAAUGAUAUCAAGUAUGUACUGAAUCCUAUAUUAACAAAAGAACAAGUGGCAGAAUUAGACAAUACCCUAAAGACUGCGUAUGAUCUCAAUAAUAAAAAAUACAUACCUGGGUUUGUGGGGUUAAACAACAUCAAGGCAAAUGACUAUGUGAAUGUCAUCAUACAAGCAUUAGCGCAUAUUCCCCCUAUUCGCGAUUACUUUAUCUUGCAAGACUUUGAAUCAAAGGGAUCCUCUCAACUUGUUUGUAGAUUUAGUACAUUGGUUCGAAAGAUAUGGAACCCUAGAGCAUUCAAAGGGCAAGUGAGUCCACACGAACUUGUACAAGAAAUAUCCAAUGCAAGUCGAAAACGAUUCAAGUUAACCGAACAAAGUAAUGCGAUUGAUUUUCUAUCUUGGUUCUUGAACACGCUUCAUAAGGACCUUGGUGGAACAAAGAAAAGGAAUAGCAGUAUCAUCUACAAAUACUUUCAAGGAGAGGUCAAGGUUGAAUCACAGGAACCUGGGAUAGCUACUGAAAAGGAUGCUCUCAGUAACUUUGACCCAAGAAAGCCAAUCAAAGUGCAAGAAUCACCUUUUCUAUUCCUCGCUUUAGAUUUACCACCCGUACCCUUGUAUCAGGAUGAGCGUGAACGAGACAUCGUGCCUCAAGUACCUCUGACGACCAUUCUAAGCAAAUUCGAUGGUAAAAGAGUACAAGAGGUGUCAAACGAAUUGAAGCGAUACAGCAUUACGCGAUUACCACAGUAUCUUAUUCUUCAUAUCAAACGAUUUACAAAGAACAAUUGGACAAACGAAAAGAAUCCAACGAUUGUUAACUUUCCAAUCAAGCACCUGGACAUGUCCAACUUCUCGAAUGAUCCUGAAAAAGAAACAUUGGGAACUCAUUAUGAUCUAUUGGCAAAUAUAUCUCAUGAGGGAGGACCAGAGUCAGGAAAGGGUUCAUACAAAGUACAUGUGCGCCAUCGUGGCACAGAGCAGUGGUAUCAGAUACAGGAUUUGAUUGUAGAAGAGAUGAUGCCUCAAAUGAUCUUCAUGUCUGAAAGCUACAUUCAGAUUUGGGAAAGGAAAAAAAGAGAAUAA